UUUGCCACAUCACAAUGCGCCAUCACACAGUGCAGAAGCGUUGACAUAUCGGGAUACAUGUACACGGUUUAGAGUGCAUGUACUUUCACUGCACCCACAAGCCCGUACGUUUAGCGUGUUUUGUAACCAGACUGGCGUGGGUGCACUCCACACACGGUAUGUGGAAUCCGGAACAAAAAUACACACACUGACACAGCAGUCAAUCUUUACCAUGGCCACUCCAGUGAUUUAGUCAUGGUUGUCGGAACUGAUCGUGUUGUACUAAUUGUGUCGACUGGUGUGAUGUAACAAAGAAGCAAUAAACGAGACAACACCGCCGGGUCGUUGGAGAGUGAGACCCUUGCUUGGGAAGCAUUGAAUUGUGUGAUGUGCGUGCAACUUGGUCAGUUAUUGAUGUCUUGUUCUGUUCUCUGCGGCGACUAAGUAGUUUAUCAUGGAUUCCACGCCGUCAACAUCAGUCUGGCCAUUAAUGCUAUAUCUGUGUUCUGGAAUAAUGUGCCUGUAAACUGACUGGAUGACCAGACCUGGCGUAUAUUAAGGAUCUGGAGCUGACCACCUGAAGCCACUCCAAGAUGAUUACGAAGCGAUCGGUGAAGAUUGCAGCAGCCCUGUUCGUGCUGUGGGCAGCCACCAUGCUCUGGGUCUUGGACACCCGGGUGAAUUUCACCCACCAGAUCCUCAAAGAUGGCGAAUGCCCAUGUGCCGUCGCCGUGGCUGCCAACAGGACCCCAGCCGUGCAGGACUCAGCGAGCAGCUCAACCAAAGUCAAGACGCGGACCGUGGUCAAGUGGUUGAAUUACUGCAAGGACGGCAAUACGAGUGCCCCGAGUGACUCCAAAAAGGCAGACGCUCCACUCAAAAAGCCCGAAGUGGUUUCCGAAACAGAUGAAUUGAGAAAACACUCUGAUGCAACGACGAACGAAAGGACUCACCAUGUGGAACAAAAACCAGUGGAGCAGCCACAGGGGCGGCAGCUGCAGGAUACACAACAGCAGCCGCAACAACGGCAAGAGGAAGCACCAUAUCAACAGCAGCAGCAACAGAAGGAAACACAACAUCAACAACUAGAAACUCGGCAGCGACAACAGGAAACGCAGCAACAGCACGAACAGCGUCAACAGCAAGAGGAUGCACAAGGACAGCCACAACAGGCCAUACAACAGCCACAGCAGGCCAUACAACAGCCACAGCAGGCCAUACAACAGCACCUACCACGAUCGGUUCAACAGAACGAGGCAGACCAACAGUAUCAGCAGCAACAGCAGCAACAGCAACAGCAGCAGCAGCAGCAGCAGCAGCAACUUCAGAGGACUGCACAGGAACUAGCUAGGAGCAUUCAACAGCAGCAACAACGUUCUCUGGAACCCUCGCCCUCAGAGAAAGUCAUCAAUCCCCACCCCUACAACUUCAUGAUGAAAAAUUCUGACGCGUGCGUGAAAGGCGCCAACCCAGACGGCUACGUGGACGUCUUGUGCCUUGUCUACACGGCUCCUUCUGACAGCUACAUGCGAUCAUUGAUCCGGAAAACCUGGGCUAGUGCCAAGGAGGUCAAGGGCAAGCGAAUCGUCACCAUGUUCCUGCUGGGACAGAGGAACCUUGAAAUCCAACAACUGAUUGAGCUUGAGAACAACCUCUACCACGACAUUAUCCAGGAGGACUUUACCGACUCCUACUACAACCUGACAAUCAAGACCAUCAUGGGUCUCAAGUGGGCCUCCCAUUACUGCUCCAACGCCCGCUUCAUCGUGAAAAUGGACAUAGACAUGUUCGUCAAUGUGUACAAUCUCGUCGACCGCAUCGAGAAAUCGCCUUCCGGCAGUGUAGCCGAGGGGAAUCGGAAGGAUGUGACGAAACCCAUCCGGUACAAACAGAGCAAAUGGUACACGUCCAAAGACGUGUAUCCGGAAAACUCCUACCCACCGUACUUGAACGGCCCAGCCUACCUUAUUUCCGCCGAUUUAGCUCCGCGUAUCUACCAGGCGUCCUUUACCACGCAGUUCCUGCCCUGGGAGGAUGCCUUCGUUGGUAUCAUCAUGAAGAAGAUCAAUGUGGAGCCCAAAUACAACGGCAUGUACGACACUUACCUCAACUACACCAAUGAGCAGGACACGCUCAGAAAAAUAAGUGGAAGCAUUACGUUUCAUUUAGGAGAGGACAAAGACAGAAACAAGGUGAAUAUUGUCAAGGUUUGGAGGUACGUCCGAAAGUUAAAUGACGUGCCUCUAUAGCAGAGAUGAGAAGGGAACUGUAGCAUUCACGAUUUAAGGAAAACUUGCUGGAUUCAAAAUGGUACUCUCCUAUUUAUUGAUAUGCCUUAAAUAUGUCUCGUCUGGCGUUUUUAUUGCAAGUUUGUGGCCGUUUUUACGAACUUCUUUUGAUAAAUACUGAUUAAAGUUCAGUAAAUGCGCUGGACAUGGAUGGAUUUAUAGAAAAUCCCGAACUCGGUACUAAUUACUGCCCCAUAUUUUGACCUUGUUCCAACUGCAGCUUAAUCGAUUUUACUUUUAGUAGGUGUUCGUUUGCUAUACCGCUCGAGUUAUUUCCCGAAGGAUGUCCACGCUACUGUCCGGAUAUCCUUGGAUCGGACAAUAAUUGAAGUUACCGCUGUGUGCCUUAUUCACGAGUUGGCCAUUUGUGUCGAGUUCCCUGCGCGCAUUUCAUAAACUGUUUACUGUUGAAUGGAAUGGCUCAGACUAUUUAUGUAGGCACAAUGCAGCCUUAUUUUUAAUUACACAUUUUAAAUUACUCGUUGAAGCAGACUGGAAGUAAUUAAAUUAAAAACUAACUCACUUUCGUUUCUCUUCACAAGUUUCAAAAAUUAAGAUUUUAUCUCAUUUUCAAUUCAAUAUAGCUGACUCGUGAAUAAGGCCCGUACUCUCAGCACCUGCGUAUCUGUGCUUAGCCCUUGCAUAGAAAUGAGAGACCAGUUUUCUAAUACAUGAACAUGUUUGCCAAAUUUGAUAUUUGCAUGGUGGAUGUGCUAACACCAGUUGAUCAAUCUCAUACGUUUUGUGUUAAAAGUUCAUCUCUUAAAGGGAAUAUACAGCAUUUGCUUCUGCUGUUAUUUUCAGAAAUAGAUGGUUUCGGGGGUUUAGUAUUUUAUAGUCAAUAUUGUUACACUGACUUGUUUGAAGUUUUGUGUUCGUAGAUGCUGGAAAAACUAAGAAAAACAAUCAUGUUCCUGUAGUCUGGAUCCCUGACCAACUUAAGAUUUGUAGACGUCGGGAAAUUGUAAGUUCAGGGAACCAGUCUACCUGGCAUGUACCCGUUCAUUGUGUAAUCGAUUGCAACCAAAAUGGUGUACAUGUAUAUGGUAAAUUGGGGGCAGUAUUUGAAAAAAGCCAGGUUUUUGUCCAACGCUGGUUGGCCGACCAGCGUUGGAAAUAGAUACAAAAAUACCACUUUUCUGGAAAAUGACAGGACACCAGGUACCAUAAUUUUACAGGAUUAGACUGUCAUCCACUAAAAGUCCAGUGAGGUAUUUCAUAGUAAUUGGGUAGUUUUUAUGUUUGCAAAUGUUGUGUAUUCUCUGUAACAGCUAUAUCAAAUUUACCAAGGACAUGUUUUUUUUUACAGCAAACAUGGCACCCCGCUUUACUUAAUGCAGGCCCUGACCAUAUCAUUUUGCGUCAGUUGGGGUAUUAAAAAUUUAUGACAAUGGUUCAGAUUAUUGGUUUACACCGGCGUGCCGAAUCAAAUCCUGCCUUAGAUUUGAAUUCGGUAUUAAAAGCGACUUUUAAGUCGGAAUAUCUACUGUCAUUCAGUAUGACUCCAAGGUCUAGUCAGUGGAAAAUUAAUAUGCUUGACCUGCCUGAAGCCAACAUGUUUGUGGGUCGAUUGGUUAGGCGAGACACAGAGAACAAUUAAUAGACGACAAAUGCCUGAAUGACAGCAGGUGGACACCUGUCAGCGCGUGGAUGUUCAUUUACAAAGGCAGUCAUCCUUGGUGUCAUUCAGCUACAGCUGCGUGACUGCUUGACCAGCUGUUGCCAAACAGUGUAUAACAUCUCCUGGUUAACAUUUACUCCAGCUGGUAAAGCCCAUUGUCAUUCAAAUUUCACUUUCAUUACAGCUGUUUCGUUUUUAUUAGGUUCUUGAUUCAAUUGUGAUCAGGUGUGCCAUUUAGUGUGCUCGUAAGUAAUAAUGAUAUUCUCUCACGUCCUGUGCUAUUUAUUUUUAUAUUUUAUAUGUAAAGUAGUCGUGCGUGAAGUAUUACAGUUUCGUGCGAGAUCUUAGCGUUUCCGGACACUUGACAAUCAGGGUUUUGACUGCCCCAAUUGCGAUCUGACUUAUCCAUUUUAUAAUAACUUUUAAAAAUUUAAGUAGGAAAGUCGGUUUAGGCGAUGUUUAAUUUGAUUUCUAUUUCUAUUAUUAUUUUUUGUUGUUACUGUUAUGUUGUUAUGUCAUAUUGUUGUGUUAAGGGGAGGAGAAGUUCUAACGUAAUGAAAGUAAUUCUCAGUGCCUAUAUACAUGUGACUAUGGUUAUAUUUUCUACACCGUGGUAUUUUCUUAA